AUGGCGGCGGCGAUGUUCCGGAGCCUGCUGGUGUCGGCGGGCGGGUCCCGCGAGGCGCCCCCGGCCCCCUCCGCCCCCGCGGCCCCCGCGCCGCCUCCGCCGCACCACCCCCCGCCCGAGGCCGGCGCCGCGCUCGAGGCCCAGUUCAGCUGCCCCAUCUGCCUGGAGGUCUACCAGAGGCCCGUCCGCAUCGCCCCCUGCAGGCACACGUUCUGCGGGGAAUGCCUGCAGCCGUGCCUCCAAGUCCCAUCUCCUCUCUGCCCGCUUUGCCGCAUGCCCUUUGACCCCAAAAAGGUGGAGAAGGCCUCCAGUGCCGAGAAGCAGCUCUCCUCUUUCAAAGCGCCCUGCCGGGGCUGUAGCAAAAAGGUGACCCUUGCAAAGAUGAGGUCGCACGUCACGUCCUGCACAAAGGUUCAGGAACAGAUGGCCAACUGUCCAAAGUUUGUUCCGGUGGUCCCAACUUCCCAGCCCAUUCCCAGCAAUAUCCCAAACCGGUCCACGUUUGUGUGCCCUUACUGCGGAGCGCGGAACCUCGACCAGCAGGAGUUGGUGAAACACUGCAUGGAGAACCACCGCAACGACCCCAACAAAGUGGUUUGCCCAGUUUGCUCGGCCAUGCCUUGGGGUGAUCCCAGCUACAAGAGCGCCAACUUCUUACAGCACCUCCUGCACAGGCACAAGUUCUCCUACGACACAUUUGUGGACUAUAACAUUGAUGAAGAGGCGGCGUUACAAGCCGCGCUGGCCCUCUCCCUCUCGGAGAACUGAAGGAGACGGAGGAGCUGCAGAUGGGAACUGUUGUGAGCUCUUGCCGGCCUUUUGCUCAGGCCUGCUUCCCCCACGGCUGGGAGGCACGAUUCUCCGCCUUCCCUUGGGCCUCAUCCAGGAAGCGGGCAUCCCCGUCCCCUCGGCCUCCGUCCUGCCUUUUUCAGUCAGGUGGAACCUUCCCUCGUUUUCAGAGCCGGAGGAACUUGACGUGGUCGGCCGCCUGGACAGCGAAGCGUAGAGGGGCCCCUAUUGCCUCACCCGGUUCAAACUUUUGGGCGGAGGUUCCAUACGUGACUUCAGUACAGAGCGUAUCUUUUAUUAAGAUGCUUUUAAUAAGAUUUUAGCACCGUCUGCCCUCAAA